AUGGUUAACCAAGAUUUAGUAAGAUUAAUAGCGAAAAAUGGGGAUGAAUAUAAAGUCUCGAAAGAAAUAGCAUGUAUUUCACCCGUACUAAAAGCAAGUUUGGAUAAUGAGGAUAAUUUUAUGGAAGAAAAUGAAUAUCAGGUUAAUUUAAUGAAUAUUGAAUCUAAUAUUUUAAAUAAAGUGGUGGAAUAUUUGGAGUAUAAAAACAAGUACCAGCAAGAAGAAGAUGAUGAAAUACCGCAAUUUGAUAUACCUGUGGAGCUCUCACUUGAAUUACUGUUAGCAGCAGAUUAUUUAAAUAUAUAA